GGAUAUUUUACAAGCUCAUCAGCUAAUCAAAAGGCUGGCGAGAGGUUUCAGCCUAUUACCUGGAGAGAUUGUUGUUGUUUCUCUUGACAGGUUUGCCUAGCCUUUCCAUAUUGUUUUGGUGGUGGUUCAUGAAAAAUGUUGGGUGCAUUGCUGAAGUUCAACAACAUGAUUUUGUGUUUGGGGGUCGAUCCAUCUGCUGCUUCGUGGAGUUUGGUUGAUCUGAUAUAUCGCUGGCCAUGAGUAACUGCUUUGUGAAGCCGACCUCUCGGAGCGAGGGCGAGAUCCUCCAGUCGGCCAACCUCGCCUACAGGGAGCUCAGGGCGGCCACUAGGAACUUCCGUCCGGACAGUGUGCUCGGUGAAGGUGGCUUCGGGGUGGUAUUCAAGGGGUGGGUCGACGAGACCACCUUUGCCCCGCCCAGCGGCGACAAGACUGGCAUGCCAAUUGCUGUUAAGAAGCUCAACCAGGAAGGCAUCCAGGGCCACAGGGAAUGGCUGGCUGAAGUGAAUUACCUUGGACAAUUGUCGCACCCCAAUCUGGUGAAGCUCCUAGGGUACUGUCUCGAAGACGUGCAGCACCUACUCGUCUAUGAGUUCAUGCCACGCGGAAGCUUAGAGAACCAUAUGUUCAGGAGGGGCUCACAUUUCAAGCCACUGUCAUGGAAUCUGAGGAUGAAUGUUGCUCUUGGGGCAGCCAAGGGGCUCGCAUUCCUACAUAGCGACAAGGCCAAUGUCAUCUACCGUGAUUUCAAGAUGGGAAAUGUUCUUCUUGACUCGAACUACAACGCAAAGCUGUCUGAUUUUGGGUUGGCGAGGGAUGGGCGAGCUGAUGAUAAGAGUCAUGUCUCUACAAGGGUCAUGGGCACAUAUGGAUAUGCAGCCCCUGAAUACCUUGAUACAGGGCAUCUGACGACAAAGUGCGACGUGUACAGCUUCGGCGUUGUGCUGCUGGAGAUGUUGUCCGGCCGGCGCGCCCUGGACAAGAACCGGCCAGCCGGCGAGCACAAGCUGGUGGAGUGGGCAUCGCCGUACCUGACAAGCAAGCGCCGCAUCUCUCAAAUCCUGGACGCGCGGCUGGGCGGGCAGUACCCCCUUGGCAGCGCGCAGAAGGCUGCUGCGCUGGCGCUCAAGUGCAUCUCUGUCGACCCGAAAGCCCGGCCAAGCAUGGAGCAGGUGGUGGCGGUGCUGGAGCAGCUCCAGGACGACAAGGAGACCGUGGUGACUGGUGGAGGCGCCUGCGGCUUCUUCAGGAUGUUCUCAAACUAUGAAAAUCGGCAUCUAGGUCCUCGAAGUGCACUAUGGCUUGUUGCCUUGGUUCGACCCUUAUGUCAUAUAGGCUUAAAACCGUGUACUUUUAUUUGGACUUGUGAAGAGUGUGGUGACUAUUUACAAGCUCAACAGCUAACUCAAAAGGCUGGCGAGAGGUUUCCAGCUCAUUGCCUGAAGAGAUUGUUCUUGCUUCUUUUGAUGGAUUUGCCAUCGCAGUUAGUACUCCCUUCAUUUUUAUAUACAAGGCCACAAACUCAAAUUACAGGUAUUAAGACUCAACCAAAAUACGUUGUCCUGGGAGCACAUUGUGUUAUGCACUUGCUGUUGUUGUCAAAUAGUCUCAUACCAAAUAAUGCAUCUCAUGAUCUGCUCUGCUGUGUCUCGCCGUCAGGGAACGAGGAGGAUGCAUUGCUCGCCAGGUUCCUCACCAUCAAGGCCGCCGCGGCUGACCUCCGAGCGAAGCGUAAGAGUCUGAAGUUAGCCCCAGUUGAUGCGCUCCAGCUAUGUGUGCUAGAAACCAAGAGCAGCUUGCCACCAUGA